AUGGCCGCAGCAGCUCCAUUACGUAAUUUUCAAUGGUAUUGGAAUUCAUCGACUACUGCUAAUGAUAAUCACUGGACAGCUUACGCUGAUAUUGAAAAUGAAAUUAUUGAAGAAGCGUUCCAGACUGGGAAGAGCGAAGUUGAAAUUAGCUCCAAUUAUAAUCAACUAACAAACCACAUUCCAUUGAAACAAGUCAAAGUCCAAGCUAAAAUUCGCUCCUUUGCUGCUGAUGUGACACUUACACAAUUGUUUCAAAAUAAUGAACAAACAUCGAUUGAAGCUGUCUACUGUUUUCCAAUUGAAGAGAAUGCAGCUAUCUGCUCAUUCACAGCUAAAAUUGAUGAGCGUGAAAUCGUUGCACAAUUGAAAGAAAAGAAGGAAGCUCAACGAGAGUAUAGUGAAGCAUUGCAACAAGGUCACGGUGCUUAUCUGUUGGAACAGGAUGAGAAAUCACGGGAUUGCUUUGUCAUCAAUGUCGGUGCCCUACCGUCAGGCAAGGAGUGUGAGAUCAGAAUCAGUUAUGUAACAGAAUUGGAUUUAGUUAGUGGUAGCAAUAAAAUUCGUUUCGUCAUUCCAACCACCAUUGCACCACGUUACAAUCCCAAGGAAGGAGCCAUCUCUUCAACAGUCGCUGGUACAACCGUUGUACCAGCGACUGUACAAUGCAACAUACAGUAA